CACAGACACACAUACUGUAUACACACACCCACACAAAAUACUAAGGUUUGGAGUUCACGCACUUGACAGCAGAACUAGAAAGCGGAGGCUUUUUUCUGGCUCCUCACACAAGAAAUCUUCAUUUUAAAGUAAAUAUGUCUUACUCAGAAGAGGAUAUUUAUGAAUAUAAUGAGACUGACAAUGAAACCUACAACUACGAUGACUACGAAUCCCCCUGUGAUAAAAAGGACAUUCGCUCUUUUGCUAAAGUCUUCCUACCCGUUAUGUACGGGGUAUCUCUAAUACUGGGAUUAACAGGAAAUGCUCUGGUAGUCGCUGUGUACGCGUAUUCCAAGCGCUUGAGGACACUAAUGGACAUAUUUGUGGUGCAUUUAGCCGUGGCCGACCUCCUGCUCCUCCUGACCCUACCUUUCUGGGCUGCUGCUGCCGUUCAUGGCUGGGAAUUAGGAGAGGUUCUCUGCAAGGUUGUCACCGCCUUAUACACCAUUAACUUUACAUGCAGUAUGUUACUUCUGGCUUGCAUCAGUCUGGACCGCUACCUGUCACUAUUCCCACAACUCAAAGACCGUUUCCUGGGCCGGAUUUUUAAAAGGAACUGCUCCGUCAAGCUCUGCCUGGUGGUGUGGAUAGUCAGUUUCUUUCUAGGGAUCCCUGAUUUGGUGCUCUCGAGGGUUAAGGACUUUCAUAGUAGGAAAGCCUGUAUGGUGAUGUACCCAUCAGACAUGGCCAUUCAGGCAAAGGUGACCAUGGAGGUGUUAGAGGUGCUGUUGAGUUUCUUAGUGCCGUUGUUCAUGAUGUUGUAUUGCUACUACCACGUGGUACGGAAACUUUUGGAGCUUCCACCAGAGAACAGGGGGAAGAGGUGGACAACUAUUCGUGUGCUGUUGGCAGUGGUUGGAGUUUUUGUGCUCACACAGUUUCCCUACAAUGUGGUGAAAUUUUGCCGAGUCCUAGAUGUGAUCCACAUGUUAAUAAGCAAAUGUGAAACAAGUAAAGCGAUGGACAGGGCAGCACAGAUUACAGAGAGUCUGGCUUUGAUCCACUGUUGCCUGAACCCUGUGCUUUAUGUGUUUGUUGGCUCAUCCUUUAGACUACGUGUGCUAAGGUUUGCCAAAGCAUUUGGCCAGAGGAGGAGAUUGGCACGACGGAGAGAGGAGUGUGGUGUGGAGAUCUCAUUUAAUUCACAUUCGCAAUCCCAAAAGACAAGUACCUUCUCCAUAUGAGUACAUUUAAAAGUGAUAUAGAGAACAAUGAUAAGAAGUGUAUUUUAUUUUUGUCUAUCUAUUUGUAUUCAUAUUCAUUCAUUUAUAAGUGUGUGUGCAUAUAAUAAUAUAUUAUAUUGUAUAUACAUAAUAUAAAGCAGUAAUCCUGG